GACGAGGGAAACACCGUUCGAGCGAGUUGCACCGCCCUCGACUCGACUCUAGUCGAACGUGACCUUGCGACCCGUGCUCGCAACGAUGGCCUCGCUCGCGCGCUGCGCCAUGGCGAGCGCCGCGCCAGGCUUUGCCCGCUUCCCGCCAGGCAGCGCCUGCGGUUCCCGCCCGGCCCCCCUCGGCUGCUUCUCCCUCCGCUGCCGCUGCGGCGGGCCCCCCGCCGCUGCCGCCGCGUCGGCGACCGCCUCGGCCGCGAACGACCGCACGUCGCCGUCGUCCCACUCGCGGUCGCCGCGCUUGCGCCGCCCUGCUCCGGCGCGCUCGCCGUACCCGUUGUCGGCGCCAUGGCCGUCGCCAUUGUCGACGGGCGCCUCGCGGCGCUGCCGGCCGUGCUGCUUGCUGACGGCGCGCGAGCCGAGCUGGCCGCGGCGGACGGCCUCGGCCGAGGCGUACUCGACGUUGAGCUUGCGGCCGUUGAGCUGGUGGUUCCGGUUCAAGCUCUUCUUCCUGCAGCUGUUUGCCAACGCCGCGUCGGCCGCGUUCCUCAUCUUCAUCAUUGUCUGGGCCCUCUCGUCACGGUUCGUCGAGGCCGCGAGGCGGUACGUGCGCGGCUUGAACGCCGACCGGCACCGGCGCGUGUGGGACACGGACGCGGCGCGCGAGGCGCGCAGGACCGAGCGCGUCACAAAGGACAUCCGGUACUAUGCGCUCCGGUGCGGGUUCGACGUCGUCGAGCAGACGGUCGAGACCAAGGACGGGUACCUCCUCAAGGCGUUCAAGGUCGUGUGCCUCAAGAAGGAGGCAAAGGUGCACUCGGACGGCCGCAAGGGCUUCCCCGUCUUGAUCCAGCACGGCCUGUUCCAGUCGUGCGGCAGCUUCAUCACGAGCGAGGAGCGCUCGCUCGCCUUCUGGCUCGCCGAGCACGGCGACUACCAGGUGUACCUCGGCAACGCCCGAGGCGUCUUCGACAUGGGCCACGCCUGGCUCAAGCGCAGCGACCCGCGCUUCUGGGACUACAACAUCAAGGAGCUCGCGCUGUACGACCUGCCGGCGCUCGUCGACCACGUCCGGCGCGACACUGGCUACGACAAGAUCGCCUUUAUCGGCCACUCGCAGGGCAACGCGACCAUGUUUUGCUCGCUCGCGCAAGGGAUGGUGCCCGAGCUGGGCGACAAGCUGAGCCUGUUUAUCGCGCUCGCGCCCGCCGUGUACGCCGGACCGCUCACGACGGGCUUCCCGUUCACGGCGCUCAAGAACAUGCGGUGGAAGACGUGGAGGAGGUGGUUCGGCCUCCUCGACUUUAUCCCGCUCAUGCGCAUCUCGUACGACUGGGUCCCGUCGCGCCUGUUUGGCCUCCUCGGAUACCAGAUGUUUGCGUUCCUCUUUUCGUGGACCGACGCCAACUGGCUCCUCGACCGCAAGGCCAAGAUGUUCUGCUUCAUGCCGUCGCCCGUCUCGAGCGCGUCCAUCUUCUGGUGGACCGGCUACGCCGGCUUCUCGACGCGCGGGUGCGUCCUCGACGACACGGCCGACAAGUGGUUCGACAAGCGGUUCCCCCCUCUCGCGAUCCACCACGGCGGCAAGGACUACCUCGUCCUGACCGAGCCGCUCCUCAAGCGCCUGCGCGAGCGCGAGACGGACGUGCAGCUCAUCCGCGUGCAGAAACUCGACGACGGCGAGCACUGCGACUUUUUCUGGCACGUCGACGCCGUCGAGCUGUGCUUCCACUCGUUCCUCGAGGACAUUGAGCGCACGCGCCCGCGGUACCCGUCCGAGCGUGCGCGCCCCUCGCGCUCGCCCCAGCCGCCCGCGCACCAGCCGCUCCCCUCGACGUCCACCUCCACCUCCACCGCGACCACCACCACCACCACUUGCUCGGCAGCGGGAGCGCGAGAGGGAGCGGGGGCGGGCGAGGCAAAGGCGCGCGACGUGCGCAAGCUCGAGCGCGAGCGGCCGCUCGAGGGGGAGGACGCGGUCGAGCGGCGCGAGGGCGAGCGGAGGGACGUCGAGGUCCGGGCGACGGGCGAGGGGUACUGA